GAGAGAAUAAAUGCCGAAAAACGCGCCACACUUCGCGCCUGUCCUGUCCAGUAUUCCCCCAAAAGUUCCCACAGAUUCAUGAAAGCCUCGUAAAUACCUUUCUCCCCCCCCCCGGCCUACCCCACAUAGUAGUCUUAUCUCGAGUCACUCGUUUCCUGGACUGUUUUUUACACUUCUAUACUGUUUUUUACACUUCUAGACUGUUAGCCUUCUUCCAUGGCGUCAAAUGCGCUUCAACUUGCGCUCCCUCCCUCUCGCGCCCCUCUCUUGUCGCACCCAAAACUUUCGCGCAUAUCCGUCAGUACAAGCGUCUCUGUUUCACCGCCUUUUUCCACUUCAGCUAGGCGAUUAAAUCGCGCUGUAAAAUGCGAAGCGGCUCCGGAAAACGCGCCUAAAGGAGAGAACGGAGCCGCUAAGGGGAACGGCGGGUCUGGGGACGGAGUGGAGAAGAUUAAGGACGGCAGGAAAGGCGACGCAAAGGAAAAUGCGGCGCUCGCGAAUGGAAGGGAGAGUCGCCAGGAGAAGCGGGAAGAUCAGAUCUGGGGGCGGCGCCGUUUGUCGGAUCUGGAGCGGGAGAUUCUCGGCGUGCAGCGGGGGGACGGCGUGCCCGCCUCCCCCAAGGGGAGCGCUUCCGGCCCCCCCAGGUCUUCCGCUCCCCCCCCCCCGCGCCCUCGACAGGGGGACGUCCGGCCGCAGCUUCGCAGAAGGGACCCCAACUCAAACCAGAAGUCGAUUCUAGACGAGUUGGACGAGCAGGGGUUCGGGCAGUUGGGAGGGGGUAUGGAGGAGUGGGAAGCGGUGAAGUCAGCCAAGAAAGUGGGCGAGUGGCUGGAGGAGAAGACGAUCAGGAAGGAUGGGGAAGAGGACAUGAAGGGUCCCCCCCUCGGGUUCAGUCUUGUGCUGCUUCUGGGAAUCUUCCCCACCUGGCUCUUCCUAGUUCUGGUGGCAGGGGGGUGGGUGGAGCUGCCUCCCCAAUUAUCCUCGUUACAGGAUCUUCUCACUACCCCUUAGAAGGUCCAAAUCAACGUGUUUUCCGGUUAUCCUCAUUAUAGGAUCUCUCCUCACGACCCUAUAAGGACUUGGUCUGGGGAGUACUUUAGAAUGAGUUGCCUAAAUACCGGUUUCUAUCUUCCUUUGGUGCACGUUACUAGGAUGUGUAAAGAAACAUCUGUAUGAUGAAGUGUGACUUCACUCCAUCACUAAUAUCAGU